GUAUGUAUGUAUGUGGGUGUGUGGGGGUGGGUGGGUGUGUGUGGAGAGGGUUACUUUAAUACAUCGUUGGACUCUUGUCAGUUUCUGAUGUGAAGGUUUGAAGAGACAGAGCGAGAGCGAGACAGACAGACAGGCAGACAGGCAGAGACACACAGAGAGAGCGAGAGAGGGAGACAUCCAGUAUCCGAAAUCCAGGUGUCGUUUCCAGAUGCAUUCGCUCUUGGAUCGGAAAAAGAAAGAAGGCGGAGUGGAAUUGGGUUUGGGUUUCCUGGACUUGCCAGUGGGCAGUUUGCUGCGGGCGCAGAGGAUGCUGUCUUGCGUGAGCUGCCUGUGGGUUCUGCUCUCCUCUUGCCUGUUGGCCGUCUGCACUUUCAGCUUCAUCUCCCCGGCCUGGAUCGUCCGGGAUCAGAGCAAAGACUCGGUGAGCUUCGGCUUGCUCUGGCACUGCUCCGGGAGCGUUUACAACUGUUACACUUUCGGUGGGCUGGGCAAGUUCGCCGACAUCGCGUCAGCCUCCUGGCAGACCAGCGCCGUGCUGUGUUCCGGAGGCUGUGUGCUGCUGGCUAUCAGCGCUCUACUUGCCAUCGUUACCGUCUUUCUGCCCAGCGGAGUGUGCGAGAGGAGGGUCUGCACGCUGGCCGGCUACAUGCAGACCACGGCGGUAUUCAUCAUGGCUUCUGGACUUCUGGUCUACCCGUUUGGUCUGAAUUCCCCCAUUGUGAAGAAGAAUUGUGGAAAUUCCAGCAUCUACAAUGCUGGUGAUUGCCAGAUCGGAUGGGGCUACAUGUUGGCCAUAGUUGGAGUCAUGCUUGCAGUUUUUCUGCCUUUUUUUUCAAGAUAUGCACCUAAAGAAUCCGUCUCACCAACUCCCAUCCCCACAAUCUUAUAGUACUUGUAAGAGAAGGGACAAUCAAAUGACAUCCCGUUUUUACAAUUUCAGAAACUAACACAAGGUAAAAAAAAUGCAAUUUUUUUUUAAGAAGCUACAAAAUGGCUGGAAAAUAAAGGUCAUUUUUAUUGAAGUGGCCCAAAGUGCAUUACAUGACGUCUUCCCGAUUUCCUCAACAAAGCAGUUGAGAUGAGCAAUUUAUAUAACUAACAAUGAUAUCAGGAAAGUAAUAUGUCCUACGUGCAGUAUUUCUGCUGCGCUAAAUGUAUAACAGCCAAUUUUAUCCUGACCCAAUAUAACUACUAAUUUGAGAAGAUUCUUACUAUCUACCAGGUCAUCUAUGGGUUUAAGAAAGCAACUGGGUUGGGUUGGGCAAUAGUCAGAUAUAAUUUCUGCGCGCUGAAGUAUUUCAGCUAUUGUGAACAACAGGAAUGGGCUCAGUGAGGAUAUCACAGUUAAAGAACAAAACAUGAUUUGUGCUUGCUCCAGUUAAUAACAAGGCAACAAAACCUUGUGCCAUUCAAUGCAGCCUUAGGGCAAGGAACUGGGAACAGGAUAGAAAUUGAACAGUAGUGCUGUGUUUAUAGAGUUCUUUCUUUAACGAUAUUGCUUUCUUCAACACCUGCAUCAGAACAAGAGCUGUAAAACGUUACUAGCACACACAACUGUUAUGUGACUAAUAAUGUUUAGAGACAUCGCAAUGUUACCAAUCAGAAUUACUCAGUGGCCACGACAACAAUGCUGGAAAAUGCAACUUGUCUCCAUUUUAAACACAAAGCAUCCCACCUAAUGCUUGGAGAUGAAGGCUUAUUCCAUGCAGUGAGAGGAGCGCUCCAGUGGCAGACCUUGACAUGAACAUUUAACAAGGCAUUAGUAGGCAGACUAAUAAAAAAGGAUCAAGAUGAAUGGCAAGGAGAACAGACAACAUAUGUUAAAGAGGUUUAAUAUUGAGUUUAGAGUUCUGAUGGGGCUUGGACAGACUAAAAUCUUGAGUGUGGUAUGUUUGAUAUCUCAUACCAAUGCAAUCCUAUCCGGUGACGGUAAUCAUGCAUACAUAGUAUCUUUAAACCUUAUGAUAAGACUGGAAUCUCCAUUGAUGGAUGUUACAUUGGAGAUGACUUUAAUGUCGUUUUAUGAUGUCGAGGAGUCCGUGUGAGUGGGCAUGGGUCCAGUAAAUUCUGUCGAAAAAUAAAAAGAAUAAUUUGGUCACUCAGUCCACUACUGUC